AUGAAGCUUCUUCAACUCGCCGCCCUGGUGGCGUCUCUCAGCCCCUUCACCAACGCUGCCGACGCAAACGCCUGGAAGUCGCGAAACAUUUACUUUGCGCUUACAGACCGUGUUGCGCGCAGCGGUAGCGAUAACGGUGGCAACGCCUGUGGCAAUCUUGGAAAUUACUGUGGUGGAACUUUUAAGGGUCUUGAGGCUAAGCUUGAUUAUAUCAAGGGCAUGGGCUUUGACGCUAUCUGGAUUACCCCCGUUGUUGAGAACACUGAUGGAGGAUACCAUGGAUACUGGGCCAAGGAUCUGUACGCGGUCAACUCCAAGUACGGAACCAAGGAUGACUUGAAGAACCUUGUCAAGGCUGCUCACGGCAAGAACAUGUACGUCAUGGCCGACGUCGUCGCAAACCACAUGGGCAAGGGUAUCCAAAACCACAAGCCCUCCCCCCUCAACCAACAAAGCUCCUACCACAGCUCCUGCGCCAUCGACUACAACAACCAAAACAGCAUCGAGCAGUGCGAAAUCGCUGGACUCCCCGACCUCAACACCGGCAAGGCAGAGGUCAAGAAGGUUCUCAACGACUGGAUCAAGUGGCUCGUCUCCGAGUACAGCUUCGACGGUAUCCGCAUCGACACCGUUAAGCACGUCGAGAAGAGCUUCUGGCCUGACUUCCAGAAGGCUGCCGGUGUCUUUGCUAUCGGUGAGGUUUGGGAUGGAAGCCCUGAUUACCUUGCUGGGUACUCCAAGGUCAUGCCUGGUCUGCUCAACUAUGCUAUGUACUAUCCCAUGAACAAGUUCUACCAGCAGAAGGGUGAUCCUUCUGCUGUUGUUGAUAUGUACAACGAGAUCAGCCAGAAGUUCGAUGACCCUACCCAGCUUGGUACUUUCAUUGACAACCACGACAACGCCCGUUGGUUGAGCCAGAAGAACGACAAGGCCCUCCUCAAGAACGCCCUCGCAUUCACUAUCCUCGCUCGUGGCAUUCCCAUCGUGUACUACGGCACCGAACAAGGCUACGCAGGAGGCAACGAUCCCGCCAACCGCGAGGAUCUCUGGCGCAGCAAGUUCAACACCGACGCCGAUCUCUACCAAACCAUCUCUAAGCUCGGCAAGGCCCGCUCUGCCGUCGGUGGUCUCGCCGGCAACGACCAGAAGUUCCUCAAGUCCAACGACAGCGCCCUCAUCUGGAGCCGCGCCGACGGUGAUCUGAUCGUUGUUACUCUGAACCGUGGAAAGGGAUACUCUGGAGAGUACUGUUUCAACACUGGCAAGAACAACAAGACUUGGGACCGUGUUCUGGGACAGGGAAGUGUCAAGUCCGAUGGUAGUGGUAAGCUUUGCGUUAGCUACUCCAACGGCGAGCCUGAGGUUCUUGUCGCUGCUUAG